AUGGCUUCACCUCAUGAUGUAACAGAAUCUGACCAGAAUAAUGAGACACGAUCUGACCCCGGUGUCAUUGCAAACAUAAUUAAAACGGUUACCGACACUUUAACCGGAAAAACUCACGAAGCCAAUGAGAAGGCGUCAAUGGUCUCCGACGAUGUUGCAGAUAGAGAAAAACAAAACAUAGAAGAAACAACACCAAAGGCGGAGGAGUACAAGGAUCUCGUCGCUCAAAAAGAAAAAGAAGAGAGUGAUGCUGACUUGGCGGAGGAGUGCAAGGAUUCUGUCGCUCAGAAAGUGAAAGUAGCAGCUGACAUGGCUAACCAGAAAGCGAUAAAAGUCGCUGACUUAGUUAACCAAAAAGCAAAAGAAGCCGCUGCGUUGGCGGAGGAGCACAAGGAUUCUGUCACUCAGAAAAAUAAAGAUGUCACUGACUUGGCGGAGGAGCACAAGGAUUGCGUCGCUCAGAAAGGGAAAGAAGCUACUGAUUUGGCGGAGGAGUACAAGGAUUCCGUCGCUCAUAAAGCGAAGGUAGCAGCCGACUUGGCUAACCAGAAAGCAAAAAAAGUUGUUGACUUGGUUAAACAGAAAGCAAAAGAAGCCACUGAUUUGUCGGAGGAGCACAAGGAUUCCGUCACUCAGAAAGCGAAAGAAGCCACUAACUUGGCGGAGGAGUACAAGGAUUCCGUUGCUCAGAAAGCGAAAGAAGCUGCUGACAUGGCUAACCAGAAAGCAAAAGAAGUUGUUGACUUGGUUAACCAGAAAGUAAAAGAAGUUGGCGACUUGGCAGAGGAGCACAACAAUUUUGUCGCUCGGAAAGCGAAAGAAUCCAUUGACUUGGCGGAGGAGUAUAAGGAUUCUGUUGCUCACAAAGCCAAAGAAGCCGCUGACUUGGCUAACCAGAAAGCAAAAGAAGUCGCUGACUUGGUUAACCAGAAAGCAAAAGAAGCUGCAGACUUGGCAGAGGAGCAGAAGGAGUCCGUUGCUCAGAAAGCGAAAGAAGCCACCGACUUGGCUGACCAAAAAGUGAAAGAAGCUAAGGAAACCGUUGAUGCAACUGCACAAAAUGUUAUAGACACUAGUACAAAAACGACCUAUGGUGACGGUUUUUGA